AUGGCCGCUUUUUGCGAACAAUCUCAAGAAAUUUGCAUAAGUCAGCGAGAAAGUCCACCAAUUCGGACUAUCGACCACUCUCUUCGCACCGAGCCCAAUUGUUUGUCGGAUCGUCUCGGUGAGCGGUCGGUUGGUGAUACAUUCAUCUCUCUGUGCGUGCCUCCUUUGCGAGAAAUCAGGAUGGACGUGUUGAUGAACGACGCCUUGCUGCAGGCGAUGGUGCCCGUGGCUGUGCAGGGCGCGGUGAUGCUGGGUGGUGCCGCCUUCGCCCUGGCGCAAUGCGGAAAGUCGCGUGAGAAGCCGGUGAAGAAGGGCGACCGCUCGGGCAAGAGCAGGUCCGGGAAGUCCAAGAAGAGUUCCAAGUCCGGCAAGAGCGGCAAGUCGGGCAAGUCGACACGCUCCGGUCGCUCCAAGAAGAAAUCCGCCAGCGCCAAGAAACACAAGAGUUCCAAGGUCAGUUUGGAUUUUCGGAUUGGUCUUAGGUCAUAGUUUUUGUGCACCGAGAGUAAAUUAGGUGGCUCAUAGCUGUGGUAAGGGCGAGUAAGAGGGUUCACCUAGAUUAAUGGUCAUCAAGGUAGUCUUUCUCUAGCCGAAAAAGGCCAUUUUGCCCUCAAAAGUCAUAAUCAUUUUCUCAUGUUACUUGAUGGUUUUUAUAUUUUUUCGAAGACGUAAUACUCGAUCAAACAGUUUCUUUUUCUGUACAUUACCUACCAUUUUCCUCAAAAAACCAACCAUUUUCGAAAAAUAAUUUUUUGGCAAAAUCUAUUUACAUUCAAAUUUUUGGAAAAUGAAAUUUUAAUUUUCAGAGUGGAAAGUCGAGUAAAUCCGGUCGUUCCGGAAGAUCUAAGAAGUCGAGUCGAUCCGGAAGUGGCAAGAAAAGAUCGAAGAAGAGCUCCAGGUCCAGCAAGGUCCGUUCGGCCAAGGGAAGCAAGACCUCGGACCGGGCCAAGGUCACCAAGAGUGCUUGCCAAGUGGCUGCUGAAGCUGCGGCUCGUAAAGAUGAGGUGAGUCAAGCAGUAGGAAGAUCAAAUAGAUGAAUUGCAAUAAUGUAUUUUUGAAAUUGUUCAGGCCGUCAAAGCCCAAUCUCCCCCAAAACCAGCUCGGGAAUCCGUGGUGGAUGUGGUGAAGAAUCUGCACGCCGAGCCCCGAGAACUCCGCUUCCCGCACACUGGUGGUCUCCAGAAGGUGGUAAUCUCCAACCCCACUGCCCAAAGAGUCGCCAUAAAGAUCAAAUGCUCAGACAACAACUUGUAUCGUGUGAAUCCCGUGUACGGAUUCGUGGCCGCUAAUUCGGAUCUGGGUGUGGAUGUGGUGCGUCAGAAUGGACCCAGCAAGGUUGACAAACUUGUGUUUAUGGUGGCCAAGGUAAGAAGUUUUAGAAGUGCUUAGUCUUUAGAUGUUUUGCCAAUCUUUAACAGUAAAGGGUCCAAAAUAAGGUCGGAUAGACCGUCUUAGAGUAGAAAUUUUGUGUGGCUUUUCUCUUCCCCUGAGGCGACCCUUAGAUUCUCUAGUCUGCCAUGGAUUGUGAAAUUUUUCAGGUCUCGCCAAAGUUGGAUCAAGCCAAGAAGGCGUUCGAAACGAAGGAAUCCCUCCCAAUGAUCGUCGUCCCGCUCCUCGGAUGA